AUGUAUCUAAUAGGUUUGGUCACCAUCACAGCUCAUGCGAUAUUCUUUGGUGAUUUGGUUUGCGGUUAUACAAGUCGACAGAAGAAACAACUAUCACCAGCAAUGCAACUCGAAGAUAGCAUAAAUUCCCUUUUGAGCCUUAAUGAACUGGGUUAUAAACGUUCAUUUGGCGAUCGAUCGCAUGAAUCGUCAACAAUAGAAUUUGACGAUAGUUUGGAUGAUUUGUUAUCACUGCAAAAUAUUGGCAAACGACAUGUGUUAAAUCCAGCAGAGCAAUACGCUAAACAACUUGAUGUCAUGGAACAUUUGCUGGAGACAGGCAAAAGGUCAUUAUCACCCGCGACCGAUUUCCAGCAAAAAUUAAAACUUUCACAGAUGCUAAUGGAAGCAGGCCGUUAA